AUGCCUGUCCCUUUCGAAACCCUGAUACCGUAUGGUAUCAUGAUUGUCAUGUUUGGUGUCUCGGGUACCGGGCUUGCAGCCUUCAAGACGUGGCAGAACGAGGGCAAGCGACCGCGCUAUUCAUUGGAUCAGUGGGACAAGACACCGGUCGAUUUGGAUACUAACGAACUCGAAGUGAUGGAGCGAGACCGACGCCUGACAGGCACCUUGAGAGGACAAACCGACAACCCAGAGGCUCCAUUGGGAUUCGAAUUCAGCAAUGGAUGGAAGCUGGAGAAGAGAUUCACCUAA